GCCUGCCUGCCUGCCUGCCUGCCUGCCUGCCUGCCUGCCAGUUGCCAGUCCACAAGACGAAGAUCGACUUGGCUCGGUAACAACAGAACGCCGUACACCCUCGCUCAGCCGACUCUUGGCCUCCGUUGUGUGCCCCUUCGGGCGGUGGUUUUUCCAACGGUCGAAUUCAAUUCCCCAUUACAGAAGCCCCCGGCAUCCCCGGCCGUUUGGUUCCGCUCAUUCGCCUGUCGCACCAAAUUAACCGGUACCCAAUUCGUGUCAAUCCAUCAUACCGUAAGAAAAAGCCCCUUUUGAGACUUGGCGGGACAGAACACGACUCGUUCGAUUCCUUGUACAGCUCGCUCAAACCAAGUCAGAGAAAGGGUCGGAAGCAGGUGUGUACUACACCGAUCCAGAAAGAAAUCAAAAAGCCAAUAAGGGCUCAAGGCCAAGGUUUUAAGGCUGGCCUUCACCGUGCGCUGAAUUCGAACACGUCGCGAUCGAUCAAUCGACUUCAUUCCGAGGGGCUGCGCGCAUGCAUGUCCUGGCCCGCCUCGACGACUGCGCCGCCUCGCCGAUUGGGCACCUCACCUAACAUUGGUUUUCCUUCAUACGCCCGCCACAGACUCAGGCCUGAGAAGGCCAAGAAGGUCUAACACGCACCUUCCCGCCUACUGCCCAAGGCUCACUCGCCUCUACAUAGAGUCUUCUUCCAGACCACCACACAACCCUCCCUUACUCCUUGCGAGGGGCGUCGUACAGACCCAGCACAGGCUAGAUGGGCGGCUCCUCGGCCUCCAGGAACCAAUCUUCGCUGCUGGAAGACACGCAAACGAGCCGAUCGCUAAUCUCGCGCCUCUUUUCGCGUUCAAAGACGCGACACAUUACCGAUUUCCACGUCCGCCCUGUCGAUCCGCACCGCAAGUACGCCAAAGGCGACCAUGUCACCGGCGCCGUUAUUCUGACCGUCCUCAGGCCAAUUCGCAUCACACACCUCACUGUUGCUCUCCACGGCUUCGUCAAGGUAUUCAAGAGUCCAAACGCAGCUCACGAAGCCACCAUCAACACGGCGCAGAUUGCUUCGGGCGUGACCAACCGGACACGAUACCUUGGCAAUGGUCUCGCGUCACUCUUCCAAGAUGAGCAGGUCCUUAGCGCCGAUGGAAAGCUGGAGGCAGGGCGUUACGAGUUCAAUUUUGACCUCGUGUUUCCAUCCAAGGUUAACCUUCCAUCAAGCAUUGAUUUUGAGCGAGGAACCAUAUCAUACAUGAUAUCAGCGACUUUGACGAGACCGACAUCGAUAACCCCGACGACUGUAUGCGACAGGAAAAUUUACUUUGCGGAGAAAGUAGAUAUAGGAUCAAUUCCAGCACCGCGGCCGCGAACGAUAUCUCUCGAGCCAAUAUCAAGGAGGACGAGGAGGAGGAAGACGGAGCGACCAAGUGCCAUCGGCGGAGCUGACAGGGGCUCAUCCCUGGGCGAUUCCCACGAUGUCACUUCUUCUGAUUUGGAUUCCUCCAGGGCACCUGAGAGUGUUACUGCAGAAUCCAACAUGGGAAACGAUGCCGCCAUCGAGGCUCAGCAGCCUCCGCAAAGUCCCACACGUACAGAAAUGCCCGAUGUUAUGAGCGAGAUUAGCACAGAGAGCGCCAUCACGAGCAGUAGUGCGGGUGCUAGCGUUGGGUACAAGGCUAGCGAGGCAACAGGAAGUUCCUCGGGCUCACAGUUUGGUGCCAGAACGCCUACGGUUGAGGAAAAGACCAUCACCGCCAGCGUCGAAAUGCUCAAGGGCGGUUGCCUACCUGGAGACUUUGUCCCCGUCAAGGUAUCAGUGCACCACAUCAAGAGGAUAAAAAGCGUCCACGGUGUCAUUGUCACUCUGUAUAGGCAAGGAAGAAUAGACUCGGCACCGCCUGUAUCGGCUUUCCAGGGGUUGUCCAAGGAAGAUGUGCGUCGUUUGGAAAAGGAAGAAUAUUUCCCACGGUCGAAAACAGGCUUGAGCGGCUUGUCUUUGUCAUCAGCUGGGUCGUGCAGCGUCUUCCGUAAGGACCUCUCACAGGCCUUUGGUCCCCUGAUCAUCGACCCCAUUACACUCGACGCAAGCGUCACAAUUUCGGUUCGAGUACCAGAGGAUGUGUUUCCUACCAUCAAGGGCGUGCCCGGUGAGCUGAUUAGCUUCAAAUACCAACUGGAAGUAAUAGUGGACUUGGGAGGCAAGCUGGCCAGCCAAAUAUCGUCGGUACAAUCCAAAGCUGGCGGCAUAUCGGGCGGUGGUGCAAUGCCCUCGGUCAGGAACCCAUACGAAAGUGGAGGUUCGUCUAUCAUGGGAAGCUGGGGAAGCACCAUAAUAGACACAGACCAACUGCGUCGCCACAAGGGUGUCAUCUCGGUUGUUUUCGAGGUUCCUGUAGGGAGUGUGGAUUCAAGUCGACAAAGGACAAGGGGUGGUUCUCUUCGACCGAAUCCUCAAGCGCGCCAGCUGUCGCAAGCGAACGAAUCAUCGCAAAUACCGACGGUAGCCUAUGAGUCGGAUGACAAACAGCGGGAUCAGUCAGAGCCAGCCGCCGGCCAGGACUAUGUUUACAGUCAGGGAGGACAGGGCAACAACGGACCUAUAGGUCCGAGUACCGAAUAUAUGCCCAGCCCGUACUACACUCCACACGAUCCUCGUCAACAGCAGGCGCCGAUCUACAUACCACCCCCAGAUUUGCCGAACAAUGCGGGCCUGUCUGAGAAGGAACGAGCUCGGCGCGCGGAGCAGAUAUUGUUACCAAGUCAGCCUCCAGCAGCGCCAUAUGCGGGUCCGUCAUCCGAGACUAUACCAGAGGAUAUAUACAACGUUGAGGACGACGUAGCAGCAGGGCCGUCGUCGGCUCCUGCAGUCGGAAACUCUAACGGUGCUGCAACAGCGCCGACUCUGGACGAGGUUGAAUAUGGCGAGGCAGCGGUUGGCAACAGCGAAGAUAAGCUGGAGAGAGAGCGUCAUCGUCUGCUGCAAGAGGCAAGCGCCCCGCCUGAUUUCCCUGAAGACUAUGACACGGGGGAUCCAGGUCCUAGUAGUCAAGGGCCUGCCACGAGUGCGACGGCGCCGGUAUUAAGCUUUCAGCCUUCGGCGCCUAUACUCUCGGAGGACGAUGAGGACCCCGGUAGCUCGUAUUUCAAUCAACACACGAGCGCAGGGGAUUACAUGGGUUCUGGUGCCCUGAGUCGUUCAAUUACGGCACCUCACGAGCCACUUCCUCGAUAUCAGAGGUAACAAAGAUAGAGGAAGACGUGGAAGUUUGUCUGCAUUAACGACGGGCGGUCUGCUGAUUUGAAGCGAUACUGUACAAAACCAAAAGAAUACAUUGAACGAUACCCAUUGGAGUUUGGAGGAAGAGCCGGCUACUUGUUUCUAUAUAUACAUAUAUACAUAUGCUUUGUUGGGCGGUUGAAAAUGAAAAGGAGUCUGGGAUGAUUGCAUGCACUUGGGGCUUGGACAUAUGCCGUACGUACAGAGAGUAACGUGUACGUUCAAAUGAAAGGAAGAUUCGGGCUAGGUGGGCCGUCAUCGUGAGCCAACUGAAUUGAUUAAUUCGCCAUGGUUUGAUCCGGGGCUUUGCCCUUGUGUUCUUGUGUCAAUGACUGACUGCAUAUUGGAGAUGCCUAGGUACCUACUUGGGUG